AUGAUUCAUCAAAACUCUUUGAAAGAUCAAUGGAAGGAUGGUGGAGGAUAUAUGCCUGAGAUUAUGGAAUCAUUGCUCUCAAAGAAUCGCCUAAUAAAAGCGAUUGCUAUCACAUUUAUGUUCUUCCUCUCAUACAAUAAUUUCUUUAAACGAGUAACCGUGCAACAACAAUCUGCUGCUCCACUAAUUGAAUCCUAUGAUCAAUAUGCAGAUGAAGAGGAUAUUGAAUAUGAUGAUGCGUUUGGUAUUCAACCAAAUAUCACCAAUACCUUCCAGGAUGCUAGCAAUGAUAUGGAACAAACCAAGAAAGCUUACGUAGAUUCGACUUUAUCACUAUAUUAUGAUGAUGAAUCAGAAAAAUUAAUUGAAGAUGAUAUGACAAAAGCAGUGCAAGAGAUAAAAUUAAACGAUGAAAUAUUUACGACAAUUUUAAAUCAAUUGAUAAUCACAGAAAUACCGAAAACUAUUUUACUGGAUGAAAAUUAUUUUAAUUUAUCAACUUUUACUACUAUUCCUAUUCUUCCUACUACGAUUACUACAAAGAUUAUUUCGGAUAUUACUGCUAAUACAACUGAUAAGUAUAAGAAAUAUAAAAUUAAGGCAUAUAUUGAAAAUUCUUUCCGCACUUUCACAGAGCUACCAAAAGUUUCACCUAAGAGUUUGAAUGUCGCGGAUUUUCCAAAUUCUACUGAUGCACUUUCAAGCUCUAACACAACCGACAAUAUACUAUCUUUCGGGAGAAAUACCAAUUCAGAGACACCAAUUAUUCGACACUUUCCAACUUCCAAUAAUUUAGCAAUAACAAAUUCAGAAUUUAUUGAAAGUAAUGGAGAAAAUGAUAUUAAUCCAACUGCUAUGGCAGCGGUGGAAUUUACCGCAAAUUCACGAAAUUUACAACGAACAACAAUUUCACAAGAAAACAUGAUGGUAAUAGAUGAAGAAAUUGACGCGGAAAUUGAAGAUGAAGAAAAUGAGGAUGAAGAAGAUGAUUAUGAAUAUGAAGAUACUAUGUAUAAAAUUCCAACUGUUAAUAUUAUUUCAUCUUCAAUUACAACAUUAACUACUACUACUACUACUGCUACCAUUACUACUACUACCAGUGUUACAGUAUCUAACGAUUAUGAUCAUCGAUCACCAAUAAUUGUCACAGCUUUAUUCGAUAUUGGUCGUGGAAAAUGGCCCAGAUACACUAGAACCUACGAGCAGUAUAUGCAUUAUUUAAAGAAUUUAUUGAAAUUAAAAAACUGUUUGGUUAUUUAUACCGACACAAAGGGAGCCCAAUUUGUACGACAAAUGAGGAAUAGUCAUAACACUCAGAUAUUUGAAAUGUCAAUGCAUGAUCUACCUUUGUAUAGGUAUCGAGAUGAAAUGGAAAGUAUCAUAAGACGAGAACAAGAAGAUUGGCAAUUUGGUCCAAAAACACGCUAUCAUCCGGAAGCGAAUAGCGCCGAUUAUAAUAUAAUUGUUAAUUCGAAACCGUAUUUUUUGUAUAAUGCAACGUUAAGUUCCCGAUUUCGAGCAUCAAACCGGAUGUUUGCUUGGUUUGACGCCGGAUAUGGUCACGGCCGAGAAGGAAUCAUUCCGAAUCAUUGUCAUUGGCAACCGAAUCUUCGGCGUAAUCGCAUGACAAUUAUUAAACUGACACCAACACAUGAUAAAGUGUCCAGAUAUUCAAUAACUGAUUUAUAUCGUGUUGAUUGGGUUGUAUUAAGUGGUGGAUUCAUUGCUGGUGACAGCCAUACAAUUAAUCGUUUUUAUCGGUUUUAUCAGAAAUCAUUUAUGGAAUUAUUAGAUUCUGGAAGGAUUGAUGAUGACCAGACAGUAUUGACACUGAUGCUUAAGCAUUAUGCCACUUUGUUCAAUCCGAUAACCAGUAACGGUGAUUGGUAUGCCGUAUUUCGACUAUUUCCCUGUCAUGAUCAGCAAUGA